CGUGUCACAGCAUACCCUGGCUUUGAGCGCAACAUACCUCGCUAACCCACUAAUCGAGAUUCGUAGUACACCCCACAGGUAAAACCAGGAAGUACAGAGAAAUCUUGUAUCUUGAACCUCCAUGAACUAGUAUCCAUUUGUAAACCUGACUGUUGCUUCCAGAAUAAUGAAGGACAAAGAAACUCAUUGCCUACACUGGUUGAAAUGACCCUACCAUCGGCUGCUGUGACUAUUUUUGUGAUUGCCUGGCUGAAGUGUGGACAUUCUCAGGAUCCUAUUCCGAUCGAGUUUACCACUUCUCCAGUGCUGGCCACGUCGGGAGCACCAGCAGACUUUUCGAUCGUGACCGUGCCCGGCAUCUUCACCACGCAAUGGUUCGCGCCUGGUGGAGGGGCGAUCGGGACUUGGACCUCCGCCGGGUCAGUGAUCAACGGCGAUUACACCGGUCGGGUCAGCCUCACGGACACUCGGCUCCAGAUCAACACCGCAGAGCUGCGAGAUGCAGGGAACUACAGCAUCACUGUGACGCCCAGUGACACCACUGGCCUCAUCCAAAACAGACGCUCAGUGGAGCUGAAGGUGUUUGUCGCUGUGGCAGGGGUGAGUCUGAGUGUGGAUCCAUCUGUGGCAGUGGAGGGGCGGAACGUGACCAUUCGGUGCACCAUUUCGGCCGGCACUCAGACCAGCGUGGCCUGGGGGAGAGGGGGCAUGGCCCUGACCUCCGGCGACCGCAUCACCAUCUCCGGCGGCACCCUGGUAAUCAACCCGGCCAGGAGAGACGACACGGGAGAGUAUAGUUGCACCGUUAGCAACCCAGUCAGCGUCCAGACAGCAAGGACCAGUCUUACUGUUUACUAUGGUCCAGACACCCCAACACUGACCAAGGCGUCAGCAGAUUGUGUGGGAGGUGGGGAUGCAGUGGUGGGCCAGGCGUUGGAAAUCACCUGCACCUCAGAGUCUCUCCCCCCUGCCAGAUUCUCAUGGCAACACAAUGACCAAGCCGUCUCCUCCAGCCAGUCAAGCACGGGGUCGCUCACUCUGCAGAUCUCCUCGGCCGAUUCGAGUGGCCAAUAUGUCUGCGCGGCACAGAACUCCAUCACUGGGGCCUCGUCACGGCAGGAGACAGAUGUGUCUGUCGUUGCUACCUGCCUGGGCGGUGGAGCCGUGGCAGGAAUCGUUAUCGCCUGUUUCCUCGUCAUCGUCAUCAUCAUUGUGAUCAUUAUAGUGCUGCUACGUCAGAGGAACAUGGAUAGGAGGCUACGGGAUGCCAUCAGUCUCCAAAAGACAAGUCAAAACCCCGUGACUCUUCCACCUCCAGCCAACAUCCGAGCAGAAUCAGCACCUGACCCACCACUGCACCAUCAGCCAAAUGUGACCUCCAGCCUGCCACACAAUGGACUUAACUACAACAACACAAACAAUGCCAUUCAACAAAAUGGCCACCUCAGUAAUGGCAUACCACAUGGCAAUGGAAACGCAAUUGACAUUAGUAAUGGCUACAGUGGUCACCAGAAUAACGCUGGCCAACAGAAUCCAAACAUUCGCAUACAGACAGGCCAAAUUCCACCUGGUACUUCGCAGCCUACGGUUCAUGUCAACUUGAACACCUUGCCAAGCACAGACAAUACAUUGCCUCAAACUGUCAAUGUGAACUUAAAUACAUACCCACCACUGUCCCCAAACCGUCAGGAGAUUGCCUUCAGCGCCCCGCAAGCCAACACAUUAUUACCCCACAACAACGUGAGCUCUGUUGCUAGGUUCCAUCAGAAUGGCCAUCAGGAUGGCCUCAUACAGACUGGUCACUCGCAUGUCAAUCCUGCAUUUGAACCAGAUGUGGCUGAAGCCAGACUACCCCCACCGUACAGCUAUGCAGCACAGAGAUCAUUAAGGAGUGACCCCCACAUCCACAAUGACUUUGCUCAGGCACAUCAGUCACAUCCAACUGAUGUGACCCAUGCUGGCCACCGUAGUACCAGCAGACAACCCUCAACAGAUCGCAGUCUCAGGCGUUCUGACCAUGGUCAGAAUAGGUCCAGGACAAGGGACAGUGAAUAUCCCAGUGAUCCCCACGACUCUCGUGAUCCUGUGGAACCUAGCGCAAGGCACCGCCAGAGGCCUUGGGACACAUUGCGGGGAACUCCAGCAUACCCCAGCCAGCAGGCUCGUCCAUCAGUCUCAUCCACCAGCAGCAGCACUGACUCCCAGUCCUCUGGCCAGCAACCACGGCCCUCUCAUUCAGCUCCGUCAAGCGGACGGCCCACGCAGGCCUCCAGAGCAGUCGGGAGGGGGGCCAGAGGGCAAGAGCGAGAGGCCCAGAGAGCGCAUGACCAGAGGGAGGACCACAGCCCUGCCUUCAUGGACCCCAACGCUCAGGCACAGAGAGCCCAGCAGGUCCUGAGCAGCUCUGGGCCCCAUGUUGGUCCACAGCACAGCCAGCAACUACAGAGCCAAAACAGGACCACUCACGCUGGACAAAAGGCCAGUACUGCGGCAAGAUCAGCUACAACACAGAUGCCAGCUGUGCCCCAGAAUCAUCAGCCUCCUCCGCAUGUAAGCCAGGUGCCCUCCCACACACAUGUCCAGAGUAGCCCAGAGCAAAGGCAGAUGGCUACACAGGGGCCCAGCACUCAAGUUCCGGUCAGAACCAGCCCAAGCCAACCCAGCCCGCUCACGCAGGCCACUCUUCAGCAUCACACCCGCCACACUAACAAGCCCUUCGCCAGCCGGAACCAGCAGACCCAGGCGGCUCUUCAGAGAGCCGGACCCCAGGCAUGGCAGCCGCCCCGCACCCAGCCAGCCCAGCCUCCCCCAGCCAACCAGAAGACCAACGGUGCGGGCCACCGGCCGCCAACGCCACCUCCGGUACUGCCGCCGCUCCAGUUCCAUACGCUGCCCAGAGAACGGACGCAGCAGCAGGCUAGAGCAGGCGCCGUGCCCCCUGCCGGCACAGUGCCAGUCGGGCACAGACACCCAGUGCACAUGCCACCGGGCCACAGACCACCAGGUGCCACACACAGACCUGUAUGGCAUGUGCCCGCUCACGCUCACAGACACCCACAGGAUGCCCAUCUGCAUGCCAACCUGCAUAGGCACGCUAUCACACACAGGCCGCCUUCUGCACACGUGAGACAAGUUCACAGGAGCCGGCCAAGAUGAGAAGGUGAUCAAUGCUUCAGCACUGCCAUGCAAAGAAUACUUCCUUUGGAUGACCAGGGAAUGGUGCUAUAUGGACAACACCAAAUUCUGAUCUUUUUCACGCUGUGUGGUUCCUUCUCAUCAUCUCAGGAACCGGUUCUCCAAGUUUGUUAAAACAGCACGCUGAUGACUCAGGGAAUUAUGACAGACAGUACAUGAAGGAUGUUUUUUUUUUUGAAGGACAUGUGAUUUCCUUGAAGUUAUGAAGUAUCUUUCGGAGCCAUAAAAAAAGCUCACAGUGGAUGUGGUGUAUUUACAACUGAAGUACUUUUGUUGUGACUUUCAAUUUUUUUUUUCUGUAAUAUGUUAUGAAAGUGUGAAAUAUGAAUAUGAAGUGUGAAAAAACAAGCAAUUGUCAAUCUGGUGAGGUCAUUGUUUUGCUUUAGAUGUUUGUUUUUAUUUUGUCUGAUGGAAGAACAGUAUAAAGUUUACUUAAUAUAUUUUAUGGAAAAAAUAUGUUCUAUAAUACAGUAAUACAAUAUCUUAAGUCUGUUGAAUCAAACUCGUAUCAGUAAAAAGUGCUGUUUCAAUGCCAAAGAUUUUUCAGCUCGGGUGUUCCCAUGAAUUGAUACUGUUAAUAAAAGUGAUCUGGUUGUCUAAUGUGUUCA